AUGGCUGCUGAGCUCGUAUCGUCGCCCCUGCGCCAUUGCCCGCUCUGCACGGCGGGAUCGGCACUUCAACCACAAGGCGACACACCAGCUGUGUGGGGGCUGUCGUAUGCUACAGGCUUCGUUCGUCUCCGGGCACAACGCCUGCGUUGCCCGUCUUGUCGCGCAUGGUUUUUGGGCUGCUGGGCAUACCCCCACGGUGGCCAAAGCCGCGUGGUGAUAGCUUGCCAUCCGACUGCGUGCAGUUGGUUCUUCUUUCGGGAGCGCCUGCAUGCAGACAGUUUCGUGGCAUUGCACACCGAAUAUCUGCGGUUCAUGUCCACCGCCUUCCUCUUCUUGCGUGCUUCGUUUUCUGGCUUGGUGAAGACGGUUCAAGCCAUGUUUCCUGGACCGGAUCUAACUCAUCACGACUGCCAGCGUUGUGUUGAGCAUGGCUGGUUCCUGUACAACACACUUCAGCACACUUGGGCUGCGUCUCGGGUUGGCACCGUCUUUGAUGUACGCCUCGAUGCACUGGAUCGGACUUUGGCGCAGCAUGAGCCGUGGUUGCAUGAUCUGCUUCACCGCCACGCUUCUUCCCAUACUUGCGUGCAUUGCUCCAAUCCGGUGCUUGCUGGCGACGGCGGCAUGAAGCUUACCACCUCGCUCUGCAAUGAACGCACCUCUGCUUCGUUCACCGACUCUCAGUUGGGGCUGCGCGUGACGCUGGGGUGCACAAAGCGGCCCCAAGCUAAGUCGGUGUUUUGCCGCGGCCACCAACUGCCGCCUUCCCCCCAGCUUCCGCCGGAGAUUCGGGAUCACAAACGCAUCAGCGGCCACAUCCAUUUCCGCUACGUCGGCAGCGCCGACUUCCUGCCUCUGCAGCAGGUGGCUGCUGCUCGGUUGCGCCAGUAUGACUCUAAGCUGGCGCUUCUGGACUAUGCUACCGCAGAUCCGGGCCGCUUUGGGGGAAGCGAGCGUGAUGGAGCGCCUGCUGAGGAGCUGCUUCAGAUGGACGCUACUGACUAUGAGUUCAUUCAGACAUGCAAUUGCAUCAAGGACGAGCGAAAGCGGCUCGCCGUUCGUCGCUAUGCUGGGGUCUUCGUCAUCGUACUCCCUUGCGGGCACAUCGUCCACGUACAUCACCUGGUGGGGUCAGAGAGCUUGCCACAGGUUGCCCUCUGCUUCGCCCAGGCGCUGCGUCUCACCAACGGCAAGCGCUUCCUGUGCUAUGACAAUGCGUGUGCCCUGGCGCGCUUUUGUCGCAACCCAGUCCGUGCGCACCGGAUGGGCAUCUUUCAGGGUUGUCAAUUCAUCUUGCCAGAGUCACACGCACGGGGCCACACGGCGUGCCUGGACCCCACACACGUCCACUUUUUGCCAGAGGUGCGGAAAAGUCAGCACCCCGAACUUCAGGGCAUCAACACUGAAGCACAGGAGCAUGUUUUUGCUUGGGCUCGUUGGCUAGUCUAUGUGGCCAACCCAAUGGCCCCAGUGCGGCACCGACUCUUUUUCCUUCUUCUCUGCUUGGCGCGAAAUCAGAACCGGGACAUUGCCCGGCCCAUGCCCCGGCGUCGACGCCCUCGUGCGUGGGGAUUGUGGCGCGGUGCUGCACGCACUGCUGACGUGGAUGAAGGGCCACUGGGCGACGCACCUGUGCCAGAGGUUGCUGCGGAUCCUCCUCAGCAGGUCGCCCAUGACGUACCUGUGGCGGCGGAUCCUCCGGAUGACCCCAUGGUGCCGGCCAACCCGGUACCGCCGCUCCUGCUCAAUCUUCGCGAUCGCAAGCUGCACCGAGUGGCCUCCCGGAAUCACGUUGCCUGUGGCGCCACCUUGCCGAAGCGCUGGCGCUUUCUGACUUCCCGAGAUGAAGAGCCUCGUGCCAAGCUGUGCCUUCGCAAUGGUCCUGCCGCGCUUCAGCGACGGGAGCGCCUCUGUGCACACUGCCGCUGCGGAUGGUUCUGGCUUGCGACCAUUGGCGCUGCGAUCCGCGAUGCAUUGCAGCUGCUCUUCGGCACCUUGCUCUCAGCAUGUUCUCCUCGGCCUGUCCAGGCCUCCGGCCUCCCGUUGCUCGCUUUGUCCGACCGAUCGGUCGGCGAUGUGUCGACUGACGUCGACGUGGACUACUUCUUGGACGUCCUGCCGAGCGAGUCCUCUUCCUCCAACACCACGGGAAGUCUGCUGCGUGCAUUGCAUCUUGCGACGGCCCUGUGCCCGGAGCAAUUCGUCCUAGUCCUUUGUCAUGGCGCACGCUUCGACCCGCAGCUGCAACGCAGCCUUGCGCUCACCUUGAAUGGUUGCAGCGCUGUGCCAUUGGACCCUCUGCUCAGCGUUCUUCGAUCUGUGCUUACAGAGCACCUGCACAUUCUCGACCUGCCAACGGCCAGAGCCCGCACAGCAUUUCCGACGGACGGUGCUCUGCAUCCGGCAAUGCCUCUUCCUGCAUUGUGCCACCACGGCGGCUACUGGACGUUUGGGUGGCUCAUGCCAACAAGAGCGGGGGUUGACUCCGCAGACUGCUCGCUAAGCGGGGCGGCAGCAUCUGCCGAGGCAGCCUCUGCCGAGGCAGAGGGCACAGGAACAGCAAAUUCAGCAGCAGAAGAGCUCGGCGUGGCAUCGGCCGAGGCAGAGGGCACAGGAACAGCAAAUGCAGCAGCAGAAGAGCUCGGCGUGGGCGGUGCACAUGGCGCGCCACAGGGAGGCUGCAGUCCGCUUCCAUCAGAUCGACAUGAUGUCAUGUCAUUCCUCGCUGGCCUCUGCUGCCUGAUGCCGCUCCGUGCAGAUGUGCUGCAGGGGGCACUGCACGCGGCCGGAUUGGAUAUGUCUGCUUCCGUGCCCUGCAGGCUUCAAGACUUGGCUGCUCUUGUCGCUGCGCUGGGUCAAGCUGCUUUUCCGGAUGGGGUGGUCCUUCGAUGCAUGGAGCCUCCAUCGGCAUGGCUUCUGCACCAGGGCUGUUGUCAACCCUGCCACAUCACGCGCGACACCCCGCCGCAUGGCUUUUUGCUGAGGUCUGCUGCGGGGCGCUUCUCUUCAUGGCUGCAGCUGCCGCGAGCCUUCGCACCAGAGUGGCCGCGGCAGAUCGCCUUGUCCUCCUGCUGUUUUGCGUUCUGGGAUGCAAGUGCCCCAUUUGCUGACAAUGCCAACUGUUUCUUUGAUGCUUUGGGCAUCGACCGAUGCGUGCUGUUGACCUAUGCGCUCGCAUCUGCCUACGCCUUGCCGCCUCGUCUGGGGCGACUGGUGGUGACCCGGCUCCUGCGACUGUUUUCCACGACCUGCCCUGUGUGUGGCCUCGAUUGUCAGCUUUUCGUCAACCUGUUGCCUGCGUGGUUUCCACACGGCUUACUGCUUCUCCACUGCGAGGGAGCACUGCUCCACUUCCGAUCCGGCUUUCCGCCUGCAAGUGUUCUUCCCGAGGAUAUUUUCGAAUUUCUCCCAUCCUUACCCCUCAUCUACUACGAGCACGCGCACUUCUACGCCGCGGUCCUGUUUCCGGACGCCUUGGCAGGAGCUACGAUCUCCAUGCAAAGACUGGUGCGAGUGCCUACCGCACUGGUUCCUUCUCUUGCGGCCCAGAUCCUUGGUGCCGGUCGCAAGUUCACGGAGACGGAGAUCCUGGCGGCUUUCGCAGCUGCAGAAGACAUUCCGUUCCCGCUCGCCGACCUGGAGAAGCUGGUGCCUGCGAUCUGCAAACACUGCUCUGCUGUGGCCGACUCCCUCAGUGUUCCAUUAUCCUGGGUGCUUCUCGCAGAGGUGUGCACAGCGGCAUUCUUGGCCCCAACCUCGGUCCUCUUACCGACCAAAACCUUGCCAUUGUACAGCAUGCCCUGGGCACUCAUUCUGCAUCCUGGUGCCACCCAAACCAGCGGCCUCAUGGCCGCCUACAAUCGCACACUGCGCCAGAUUGAGCUCUGGGAAGAUGAGUUCCAGCUAGCGCAGGCCAAGCUUGCCUUCCGGCAGCAACAAGACGGGGCGCAGCCUGCUGCUGCGGGCAGCGAUGAACAGGUGACAAAGAGACCCCGCUUUACCCCUCCGCCUCCCAUGCACAUGGGAUUCACAUCCGGCUCCAUCGAUGGUGUUGUGGGACGCAUGGCCGAACCGCAGAACCUGAGUCGGGCUGCUGCGUUUUUGGCGGAGGGGCUCAUCUUCUUGAGCUGGAUCUCGGAUCAAUGUGCCAGUCAUAAAGGCCUCAUCACUCAGCUUACCGAUCGGAUUCUUUGGGACAAGGUCACCGUGAAGGAUCGCACCACAGUCAUGGUCGAUGCUCCCUUCCUUGGGGUGUGUGCCGCUGUCCACAUGGAAGAGGUGAUGAAUGCAAUUGGCACUGAGGACCCCCUGGGUUUGCGGGAGCGCUUGCUUGUCAUGUACGAUAGACCGCGCUUUGCCCGUGCUGCUGCGCUGCGUGAUGCCUGCGCAGCCAUACCUGCGGCGACGUUGCAUGGGUUCCUUGCAAACCAUUUUUGGAACCUUCAUGUGGUGCACCAUCCCGCGCACCCGCCGAAGGAACGCUUCACGCGGGAUCUCAACUACAAUUGGCUGCACUACACCUUCGCCGCUGAUGCAGCUACAUUAUUCUGGGACAACUUUGAUGAGCGCGCUUCAGAGCAAGAGGCCGCCUAUCGAGUUGAUCAACAGGCUGCAAAGCGCGCAGGCAAGGGCAAGACGAGACAUUUUCGUCUGGCGCUCCCUUUGCACAACCUCAUGCAGGCUUGCAAUGGCGUUGCCCCAGACAAUUGGUCCUUUGAGAUCUCCCUGCAAGCUGCCCAAGCAAGUCUCGCUUUUAGUACAUGGAUGGACAGCAUCUUUGCUACCCUGGAUCUCCUCCGCGCGGCACCGCCGCCUUCUGUCGCCGAUCCCGCCGCAGCAGCGCGUCCAGCUGCGCCAUCCGACCUUCGCAGCAUUUUGGCCUGCACGACCAUGCCGUCGCUCCUCGCAGCCGGCAUCCAUCCCGCACACCUGCGAACCAUGAUGCUUGCCGUCUUGGAAUCGCAGAAGAAGCCCAUUCUGCGCCACAAUGAUGUGCUGCAUCUGCGCAGCGUGCUCGCCUUGAAUCUUGAGGAUCGUCUUGCCCUCGCACAUGCCCUGCGAGCCUUGCGGGCUCUGGACUUGCUCGGCUUGGGGGUUUUGACGCACAGCACAAAUGCAACCGGUACGAAGGUGCUGUGGUUCACCAAACGCCCUCCGGAUGAUUGGCGGCAUGUGGCCCUGCAAGUGUCCCGCACUGCGCUGCAACUCCCGCCAGACUUCCCGUUCGCUUCGUGGACCCUGGAGCGCCUCCGAGAGGGUCGCAUGAAGAGCCAGACAGAGAUAUCUUUCCCAGACCUCGACGGCGAAGAUGUUCGUCGUACCAUUGCGGGGCACGCGGAAUCUUGGCGCCAGCUUCUGGGCGGACAACGCGUGGAGCAAGCAGCUGCGUUGGGCGUGGUUGUGGGAGACGUGACGCUCCGUUUCGUGCGAAUGUAUGUGGAUGAUUCAGGUCACAUUUUCAUCUCGAGAGUUCAUCGAGGGUCUCCUGAAGCUUCGCCAAGCGAUGAUUGUCCUGGAGACUUGGGUCACGAUGUGGUCAACGUAACGAAGAACAUGUUACAACAUGUCAGAAGAGUGAAGUAUCGUCUAAAGCUGAAGCACACCCGAGCAAAGGAUGUGUUGAUUGAAGAAGAGGCGGAGGCGGCGGCGGACGCGGAGCAGGAGGAGCAGGAGGAGCAGGAGGAGCAGGAGGAGCAGGAGGAGCAGGAGGAGCAGGAGGAGCAGGAGGAAGCGGAAGGAUUCAAAGCCCGAGAGGAGGAGGAGGAGGAGGAGGAGGAGGAGGAGGAGGCCGAUUCGUUGCAACUGCAAGUUUUGGCCCGAGCCCACCCCUCCGCCGAGAUGAAUCUCGGGGCGCCCUUGCCCCCACUGGGCGCACGGGUGCUGUGCGAUGAUCGCCUCAUGAUCGUAUACUCCGUCCGAUUGGACGGAUGUGUCCAGGUGUCCCGCAGCAACUUGGGCUGCAUUAGCCUCGCGCUCUGCGAUGCAGACCAUCCCUCUGCCCCCCAGAUCUCAGGUCAAUUCGACCGCCCCGAGCCAGGGGUUUGGACGCCUGUUGAUCGUGUGCAGGUGCUGGCGACUCCUGCCCUGACGGUGGUUCCUUGGCAGUGCUAUCUCGUGGGACUUGGUUGCGUGGCAGUGUUGCCUUCGACGUACACCAGUGCAAAACCGCAUUCCUGGGCCCCUGGAACAGGCAAACCUGCAGGCAUUGCAUCCGUCGAGUGCCCCUGUGUCUGCGGCCAGCCAGACUGCUCCAUCUUCCGUCCCGACUUUGACCAGCGGAUCGGGGGCGUGAGCGAUCGGAAAGGCGAGAACGGCGAGAGAGGGGAGAGAGGCAAGGGAGGCGAGAGAGGCGAACCCAAUCCAGUCCCAAUGCACUUUGUCAUGCUUACGAUGUCUUCUUUUGGUAUCAGUCGGGGCCUAGACAAUCCGACCCAGUCGGUGCAACCUGCACCCACCGUACAGCCACCGCUGUGGUUCUUUCCCAUCCAAGGUGACCUCGCUUCCUUCUACGAUGGCCCGAACUGCCUCAAUGUUCGGUUUUCCACCAGUGCCGCAGCUGCCGCUUGCGUGCAUGCGAUCCGAGAUGCCAAUUGGACGGCCAAGGCGAGAAGGAAGCAUGCUCAGUGGUCCGUACCCAAAAAGGUGUACCGGAUAACCUUCUCUACUUGUUUGACAUUGGCCUUGGCAGCCUGUCGCCUGCCAGUCUUCUACUGCCUUGCCUGGACAGUUGCAUGUGCUCCCCAGGCCAAUGUUUCCGGCAUGCUUGUCUUUACAGCCAUGAGUGCUGCAGCGACGAGUGGUCAGUACUGA